GUCGAAACUUCUCCUGUCAGUCAGUGUCAUAGCUCUCUUGCUCGAUAGCUAUUUCUCUACUAUCGCGUAUCACUCUAUAGUCUUUCUUUACAUGUACCUCACAUCUACGUACAUCCAAUCAGCUCUUCUCUAGAAAUGACUGCCCCCACACCCAAGUCGGCGCUCGCGAUGAUGCCGACGCCCAAUAUCCCUGCGUCCGAGGCUGUCGGCCACUGCCAGAGUGUCGCAAUAAUCGAUGCUCCACUGCAAGAGGUCUGGGAUACUUUAAUGGACACCUCUACCUGGCCAUCAUGGAACAGAUUCGUCCCUGCCGUGACUAUCCGAGAGCAGCCCGGAUCCGAUGGGGGCGAUCUCUCCCCGGUCCUCCAGACUGGGACGAAGAUGACUUAUCACGUGAACAUGAAGCCGACCAGCUCGUCCCAGCCACAGCGUGCACAGGCGAACAAUGAUACUCCAUUGGUCGUGACGGAGUGGGAUCCGCCCAGCGAGAGCAAGAAAUCCGGUCGCAUCGUUUGGGUUCUUGAUGCGCAGGCGCAGGGACGCAUCAUGUCCUCACUGUUGGCGGCGGAACGAGUCCAUGAGUUCGUGGAGGUCGAUAUCCUGGACGCGCAGGGACAGACGAGGCGGGGGACGGAGGUGCGCAACUGGGAGGCGCAGAAUGGAGCCCUGGCGUAUGUGGUUCGCUGGAUGGUAGGGGCACAGUUGGAAGUAUGCUUUGAGGCGUGGUUGCAGGAUCUCAAGGAGUAUGUUGAGAAGAAGACGACGCGGGAAUGAGAUGAGCUAGGGUCUGCCCCUUUACUUUGUACAUAGUAAUUAUACGAGCUUAAAUGGAAGUCUCCUUGCUGGAGCGAUUGGGCAGGGGGGAUUGCAUGCUUGGUAAAUUGAAUGAUAUCCCUG